UGGGGCUAAAUCCCAGGGUUUUGGGGCUGGCUCCGCUCCAUUGUGCAGCAGGGCCAGGCUCUUCCCAUGACAAAGGGCCUCUCAGCUCUGCCAGCCCUCGGAAGAUGCUGCUGGAAUAUAAAUACAACCCUCAUCCCAGCUCGCUUUUGCCGAGUCAGGCUUUUCCCAAGCCAGAUGGCUCCUCCUGAACUUCUCUUUUACAUACAAAUCACACAAAAAAAAAUAGGGAAAAGCAAGCAGAAAGGGCUGGUUACAACCCGUGGUUAUAAGGAGCUGCUUGUUUUACCCCAGCAGCUGGUUGGAUUCUUCCUUUGUUUUUGCGUUUGGAGGGUGGGAUUUUUCCCUUCGUGUGGGCUGUUUCGAGGCAAAUUCCUUAAAAAGGAAAAAAACAAAAAGGCUGGAGAAGCCCCAAAGCACUGGGAAAGGUCAGGAGCAGACAAAGGAGGAGGGACGCAGCCGCAGAACUUCUCAAUCCCCAAAACUCUCCCUGCGGAGGGGCAGGAUGGGACCCGCAGGCCGGGAGCGGAGGAUGGAGCCCGGGCGCCGUUCCGGCGGUAACUGUGAUCCUGACCUGCACCAGGGUUAAGAUCCAGGACGGGGCUGAGCCACGGGGCUGGAGAACAAUAGUGGAGUGGAAAACAAUGGAGCUGCUGCACCUUGGCGCGUAGGGAUGCCGGACGGAAUUCCAGCUUCAACAUAACGCCUUGGGCCAGAGCCGCGGCAGCAUCAGGUUGUGGGAGCAUCCGUGGAGCCAAAGGAUCUGCCAGGACGGGGAGGAGGUCGAUGCCGCUUUGCCAUGGGGGAUGCUCACACGGCUCCUCAGGAAACCCAAAGCUUUGUCAGCUUUUCCGCCGCAACGUGGAAGAGACCCUGGGAAGAUGAAAGCCCGUCUGUAGGAGUUUCCACAAACACCCAAGGAAAAGCACGACCUGAGAUGCCCUUUCUCAUCGCUCAGAACCACCCUGAUGUUGCACUUCCAGGUCUGGCAUUGCCGGGACGGUCUGUGGAUGCUCCAAAUGCAAAUGUCAGCGUAAGCGUAUCCUCGCUGGUAUUAAAUAUUCACUCCCAUGAAAGAAGAGCGGGAGGAUGGAUUACGGCGGCUGCGAGUACCCGGUUCCUUGCGGGAAAGACAAAUACAUCUCCAAAAACGAGCUCCUUUUACACUUGAAGACGUACAACAUCUACUAUGAAGGACAAAACUUGCAGCUGCGGCACCGGGAGGAGGAAGGUGAACUCAUCGUGGAGGGGCUGCUGAACAUCUCCUGGGGCUUGCGGCGACCCAUCCGCCUGCAGAUGCAGGAUGACAACCAGCGCAUCCGCCCUCCACCAUCCUCUUCCUCCUGGCACUCGGGCUGCAACCUGGGAGCCCAUGGGUCUGUGCUGAAGCCCAGCACCUUGCCAGACAUCCAGGUCACGGAUGCAGAGGCUGUGCCAAACAGAGAAGCUCCCCGGAGCGGUGCAGCCCCCAAAUCACAAGCAGAGGAGACGCCGCAGCUGAUGCGGACACGGAGCGAUGUUGGGGUACGGCACCGGGGCAGUGCCCGCACCCCCAGCGAGCAGCGACGCAUCCGCCGGCACCGCUUCUCCAUCAACGGGCACUUCUACAACCACAAGACAUCCGUGUUCACGCCGGCGUACGGCUCCAUCACCAACGUCCGCAUAAACAGCACGAUGACGACUCCCCAGGUCCUCAAACUGCUGCUCAAUAAAUUCAAGAUUGAAAACUCAGCGGAGGAGUUUGCGCUGUACAUUGUCCACACCAGUGGAGAGAAGCAGAAGCUGCGAGGCAGCGAUUACCCCCUGAUCGCCCGCAUCCUGCAGGGCCCCUGCGAGCAGGUCUCCAAGGUCUUCCUCAUGGAGAAGGACCAGGUGGAAGAAGUCACCUAUGACGUAGCUCAGUACAUCAAAUUCGAGAUGCCCAUCCUCAGGAGCUUCAUCCAGAAGCUGGAGGAAGAGGAGGAUCGCGAAGUGAAGAAGCUAAUGCGCAAAUACUCCAUCCUCCGGCUGAUGAUUGAGCAAAGGCUGGAGGAGAUUUCCGAAGGCCCGACGGCGAUGUGAAACGCUUCACCAGCUCCAGGUUGCAUCACAUGAAGAGCCGCUUGCCUGCAGGAUGUACUGUACCAAAUCCCAACCCCACGUCAUUCCCGGAGCGCUCCCAGUGUCCUCCUGGAUCACUCCAGCUCUGAGCCAACCCAUCCUCCCGCACCUUCAUCUGCGCAGCAUCCUCGGGGGGUUCCUCAUCUGCAAAUGGGAGUUUUCCCAGCAAGGCUCUGGGCAUCUUCAGCCAAAACCUCAAAUCCCUGCAAAUAACAGGGGGAAAAGCAAGAAAGAGGAAAUCCAUGAGCAGGAUGAAGCCACUGAGGAUGGGGACAAGAAAUUCUGGGCUCUGUUUGAAGAUCCUGGUUUCAGCAGUGCCUGCGUGGGGCUCCCUGCAUAGGACCCACCCCUCGGUGGCAAGAGCACAAAUAAUUCCUCUUUUUUUCACCUAAAAAAGCACAUUUCUAUUGCAAUAAUUCGCAGGCGACUGGAAGCUUUUGUAAAUCGAGUGGAUUUUAACACUUUUGCUGCCGAAAACAAACCUGGGGACCGAGGGUCGGAUUUACAGCAAAAGAGUAAAUCACGUUUUUCCCAGCACAUUCCCUUAACCUGCAUCUGGUCUCAUAACCCCCAUCCUGCUCCUUUCUAAUUUGCACUAAUGUUAGGGAAAAAAAAGCAAACCACGAUGUCAAACCUCUCUGGUAGCUGUAACAUGCCAAAUAAUGCUCGGAGGAAUAGUGGGUGGCGAUGAGCAUCUCCUGAGGGAUGCUGUAUGGAAAGCAGGAGGGAUGGCAGGAGGAGGGGAGGCAGAAAUAGAGGGGCUUAUUCUCCACAUGGAUUUUGGGGCAGUGCCAGCACAUUGUCCUGGGUUCAGCAGGACCAGGACUGGCUCUGUUACCACCAUCACACCUGGAAAACCCUCUUUCCUCCCGGGCUAAACCAGCAAUAUCCAUUUUAUACCUCGAUGUGAACUAAAACUCGUGACUUUCUCCCUCCUUUUGAGUUUUUGCAAUGCAUCUUUGUAAGUUUUGGGGUCUAAUUUUAAUGGUACCUUCUCCACCUUUAACACAUUGUUAGGGAAAGGAUUGUACAGCGAGAAAAGCUUUUUGUGUGUGUGAAGGAUGACUGUGGCAUCGCUUCGCUGGGUAACAAGGACACAAAACAUGUAGCAACUUAAUACAGAAUGAACCACCCUGA